GACACAAGGCUCAGGGAGAGAGGAGGGACCAGUGAAGAAAAUGCUGCGUGUCUGUUUUAUAGAUGAGAACGUCUAACCCUGAGAUCAUUUGGGAUCAUUUCCAGAGUCUGACUGAGAAACUUGCGUACUUGAGGCUACCCCUGACUGGGGGUCUGUGGAAUUCUACCUUGGACUAGAGUUACAGACGUCGACGUCUUGCUGCCUGAAGUCAUACUGGUUGUUGGCAGAGUUCCUUAGUGGAGAGGCGCGUUUUGAAUGGAGCGUUUCUUUCGAGCGUCACUGCGUGAGCCAUCUGUGGAUCACUGGUCUCUGUGGGAAUUUCGGAAGUAAGCUAGAUUGGCUAUGGAAUGUUUGUUGUUGGAUGUCGUCGGACGUGAGGAGAAACACACACACACACACACACACCCACCCCUGUUUUGAAUGACUCUGCUGUCUGUCCCCCACACGGAAUUCCUGCCAGAUGUGUGUGUGCACAGCAGUGAGGCGUGUUAUCCUGCGGAAUUUUCUCUUUCUCAUAUCCUAAUCAGACCUUUUCUGGAAGCCCACGUCUUGCAAGUGUUUUUGUUUUUUCUGAGGUAAAAAAAAAAGUCUGUUGGGAAACUUAACAAGAUUGCCUUCCCGUUAACUCCCGACACAUCUCCCGACAAUGCCUAAGCCCGAGAUCAUCCCAGACUUUGCCGUUUUCCAGGACGCUCAGGAUCUCAUUCUCGACCACUAGAGUUAGUCAUCGUGUCUCUUCGUGGUCUGGCUGUCUUUGUGCGCUUUCCGAAAAAGGCUUUCCUUAAAACUCUGGGAGGAUUUGUCUGACGGUGCUGUUUGUCGUAACUGCGGCAUUCACAUUCCUCUGGUUGGCUCAUGCCUGUUGUCACCCUUCAGGUCAAAGGCUGGAAUGUCCUGAAUCAGCCCCCCGGCUCAAAACACAGACUCCCAGCGUCAGCGGUAGUCAGCGCUGAUGGGACCUGCUGCUCCGCUAUGAGCCUUCACCAUGGCGUCUGCGGCUACGCCAACACGGCGGCGGCCGGCGGCAGCAUGCGCCGGCGCCUGGAGGACCAGGAGUUCACCCUACGCGUCUACCCGGGCGCCCUGGCCGAGGGCACCAUCUACUGCCCCGUGGCCGCCCGUAAGAGCACCACGGCCGCCGAGGCCAUCGAGCGCCUACUGGAGUGCCUGAGCCUGGACCGGACCAAAUGCUAUGUGCUGGCUGAGGUGAAGGAGUUUGGCGGGGAGGAGUGGAUCCUCAACCCUAGCGACUGUCCCGUCCAGAGGAUGAUGCUUUGGCCCCGCAACGCCCUGGAGGACCGCUGCGGCCUGGGCAGCGGUGAGGACUACCGCUUCUUGCUGCGCGAGAAGAACCUGGACGGCUCCAUUCACUACGGGGGAAGCCUCCAGAUGUGGCUGCGUGUGACGGAGGAGCGCCGGCGCCUGGUCGAGCGUGGUUUCCUGCCCCAGCCUGCGGGCGGUGAGCACCCAUCGGACCUGUGCGCGCUCCCUGAGCUGACGGAGCGCGCCAUGCUAGAGAGCCUUCGCGCUAGGUUCCGCCAGGAGCGGAUCUACACAUACGUGGGCUCCAUCCUCAUCGUUGUCAACCCCUUUCGCUUCCUGCCCAUCUACAACCCCAAGUACGUCAAGAUGUAUGACAACCACGCCCUGGGCAAGCUGGAGCCGCACAUCUACGCGGUGGCGGACGUGGCGUACCACGCCAUGCUCCAGCGGCGGCGGAACCAGUGCAUCGUUAUCUCUGGGGAGAGUGGCUCAGGGAAGACCCAAAGCACCAACUUCCUGAUUCAUCACCUGACCGCUCUCAGCCAGAAGGGAUUUGCUAGUGGGGUGGAGCAGAUCAUCCUGGGGGCGGGGCCUGUGUUAGAGGCCUUUGGGAACGCCAAGACAGCUCACAACAACAACUCCAGUCGCUUUGGAAAGUUCAUCCAGGUCAACUACCAGGAGAGUGGGACUGUCCGAGGAGCAUAUGUGGAGAAGUACCUUCUGGAGAAGUCACGUCUGGUCUACCAGGAGCACAACGAACGGAACUAUCAUGUGUUCUACUACCUGUUGGCUGGAGCCAGUGAGGAUGAGAGGAGAGCGUUUCAUCUGCUCCAACCUGAGGAGUACCACUACCUUAACCAGAUGACAAAGAAAUCCCACAGACCCUCUUGGGAAAAUUACUAUGAGAGCGAGCUGCAGGACUGCUUUACUGUGGAAGGGGAAGACCUGAAGCACGACUUUGAGCGAUUGCAGCUGGCUAUGGAGAUGGUGGGUUUCCUGCCCGCCACACGCAAACAGAUCUUCUCCCUGCUGUCUGCCAUCCUCCACCUGGGAAACAUCCGCUACAAGAAGAAGACCUAUAGAGAAGACUCCAUAGACAUCUGCAACCCAGAGGUUCUCCCCACGGUCUCAGAGUUGCUUGAGGUGAAGGAAGAGAUGCUGUUCGAGGCUUUAACUACGAGAAAGACUGUGACAGUGGGAGAGAGGCUGAUUGUGCCAUACAAACUGGCCGAGGCUGGCACCGUGCGGGACUCCAUGGCCAAAUCCCUGUACAGCGCGCUGUUUGACUGGAUCGUAUUCAGGACCAACCAUGCCCUGCUCAACAACAAAGACCUGGAGGACAGUGCUAAGAUUCUUUCAAUUGGAGUGCUGGACAUCUUUGGCUUUGAGGACUAUGAGAACAACAGCUUUGAGCAGUUCUGCAUCAACUUUGCCAACGAGAGGCUCCAGCACUACUUUAACCAGCACAUCUUCAAGCUAGAGCAGGAGGAGUACAGGGCAGAGGGCAUCAGCUGGCACAACAUCGACUACAUCGACAACACAGCCUGCAUCAAUCUCAUCAGCAAGAAGCCCACCGCGCUGCUCCACCUGCUGGACGAAGAGUGCAAUUUCCCCCAGGCAUCUAACCAAACUCUGCUGGACAAGUUCAAGCGGCAGCAUGAGGGGAACAGCUAUAUCGAAUUCCCGGCAGUCAUGGAGCCUGCCUUCAUAAUCCGCCACUACGCCGGAAAGGUCAAGUACGGCGUCAAGGACUUCAGAGAGAAGAACACAGACCACAUGCGUCCGGACAUCGUGGCCCUCCUGAAGAGCAGUAAGAACGCCUUCAUCUGUGGCCUGAUGGGCAUCGAUCCCGUGGCCACGUUCCGCUGGGCCGUCCUCAGGGCCUACUUCCGGGCCAUGGUGGCCUUCAGGGAGGCCGGGAGGAGACACACUGACAAAAAAACUGGGAAUGACGUUGCUGUACCCUGUAUUGUCAAGAGCAUGGACACCUUCAGCUUCCUCCACCACCCUGUGCACCAGAGGAGCCUGGAGAUCCUGCAGAGAUGCAAAGAUGAGAAAUACAGUAUCUCUAGAAAAGCUCCUCGUAGCCCCCUGUCAGACCUCCAGGGCGCCAACACACUGAAUGAAAAGUCGGCCAGGGAUGUUUAUGGCGUGAGCUGCAACGGACGUAGUUCCAUUCAAAGUCGCCUGGCCUCCUCCAGCUCCGAGUUCGAAGACGGCAUCUUCGUAAACUCCACUAGCAGCAAGCUCCUGGAGAGAGCCCAGGGCAUCCUCAUGCGGAACAAAAAUUAUAAGUCCAAGCCCAGCCUACCAAAGCACCUGUUGGAUAUCAAGUCUCUGAGGUACCUGAGCAGCGUGACCCUCCACGAUCGCAUCACAAAGUCUCUCCUCCACCUACACAAGAAGAAGAAACCGCCCAGCAUCAGUGCCCAGUUUCAGGCCUCACUGAACAAGCUGAUGGAGACACUUGGUCAGUCGGAGCCCUACUUUGUCAAAUGUAUCCGCUCCAACGCCGAUAAGCUCCCACUGCGUUUCAACGAUGCUCUAGUGCUUAGACAGCUGAGGUACACAGGCAUGUUGGAGACGGUCCGCAUCCGCCAAUCAGGAUACGCCAUCAAAUACACCUUCCAGGACUUUGUGCGUCACUUCCGUGUACUCUUGGCAGACAACACUAGACCAACCAAAUCUGGCAUCAGGGAGUUCUUUCGUCAGGUUCACCUGGCUCCGGCUGGUUAUCAAGUGGGCAACACAAUGGUGUUCCUGCGCGAGGCAGAGCGUCAGCGUCUGCAGGCCCUACUCCACACUGAGGUGCUCCGGCGCAUUGUCACACUUCAGCGGCGCUUCCGGGCCCGCCUGGAGAGAAAACACUUCAUCACCAUGAAACAGGCCACUGAUGUCAUCCAGGUGUGGUGGCGGAGAUGCCUACUCAGACAAUCAGAGAGCGCCAUGGACCCAGCCGUCCAGGAGGAGGCAGCAGUGUGCCUGCAGUCGGCAUGGAGGCGUUACAGGGAGCGCAGGCGCUUCCUACAGUGGCGGGAGUCUGCCUUGAUAAUACAGAGGAGCUGGAGAAACUGGAGCCAGCGCAGGGCUAUGGCGGCCAUUACGGUUCAGACAGCCUGGCGGACCUACAGAGAGCGAGCUCACUACUGUAGGACACGCGAUGCAGUUACACUGCUACAGGCAGCGGUCAGAGGCUACCUGACACGCCUGAGGAUCAGAGCGCUAAAAGAGCAGUGUGUUCAUGAAAAGUUUAACGGACAAAGCUUUCCUACCAACGAAGAAGAGGCAGAGGGGAUUGUGGACCUUGAUAAGGACACCACAGAGAACCAUUUCCUUGAGAUCACCUGUGAUCGUGACAUCCGAGUCAUGUCCACGGUCUGGGCCAAUGAAGACCAGAAGGAGCCGAAGCGUUCCGUGGACGAAGACGAGGAGGAAGGAGAGAGUGAGAGGAGCCAGGGUAUCGAGGAGCCCACUAGCCUCAAGACGCGGGCCAAGCGUCAGAACCGGCGCAUGAGAGAGCUGGAGCAGGCCCAGUUCAGUUUGGAGCUGCUCAAGGUGCGAACCCACAGCACGGUUGGGCCCCUGCAAGAGAAGACCCCAGUACGUCCCUGUUCGGACAGCGCCCCCUGUCCCCUGGAUGGCCACCAACCCCUUCCGCCCUCCUCACCCAAUGGUGGUACACAGGCCACACCGCUCCAGACUUCGUCCCAAGAUGAUUCGCUUCACGUCUCCCGGGAGGCCAGGUUGCUGGCGGACCAGGGUGCGGAAAACGACACAGAUCCAAGCCUCAGGAUGGAGGUGCCACCGCCUAUGUUGCCUUCCCCUGUAAAGGAGGUGCUGUCUCCCCAAGCUACCUUCUACAUCCCCUCUGAGGACCGAUGCAGCAAGACAGAGAGCCCCGGCCGGCUGAAGGAGGGGCGACCGUCCACCACGCGGCGACCCGUGGUUGUCUUCAUCAGCAUGCAGAAGGAGACCCCACUCGACGAAGAAGAGCUGAGGGCGGUGCACGCCCAGGACAGUGCACUCCACUUGGGUGUGAACACCUCCGGCAUUACACCAAUCGCCGGCCUGGAAAUAUCAGAAACGGCCCAGGCGCACAGCGUCGCCACGCAGCCUCAGAAAGAUUCAGUCAGGCUUGACUGUUCCAGCUUAGCCCCUUCCUCCGGCUCUGCCCAUGACCUUUGUCCUUCCGAGGUAGACAUCCAAAUAGUCCUGGAGCCCAAGGCCCAGUCAGGAGAAGUAGUACUCAGCCAGGGGGAGAGGAAGGCUGGUAGUCCAGCGCAGGACCACUGGGUCUCCAUCAACAGUAUCCUGGAAGGCAGGGGAGCUGCAGCCAGAGCACCACAGAAGAAGUCCCCGUCGCAGACCAUCACAGUCAGCAUGACUGAAAAACCCCCGACCAACACUUCCUUUUCCCCCCGACGCAAACUGCCCUUCUCUAAGUCCGAUAAGGACCUGGUGAACAAGGAGCGGUCCUUGGCCUCGAGCCUUAGAGCCACUGCUGGACAGCGAGGCAAAGAGGUGAGCCGGCAUCGGCCCAAAAAGAAAGCCCGUAUGUCUCGGACCCGCUCCGACUUCCUGACCCGCUGUAACUCCGAGGGGGCGGGCCAGUCGGACGAUGACGAUGACGACUCUUACUACACCCCCGCCCAGUCCCGCACGUUGCCCCUCCUCUCACCGUCCCCCUUGACCGAACCUGAGGGCGACACAGAGCCAGCCUUUCACAGUGACUCCGAAAUGGCUUCUCACAAGGACCAGCAGAAGAAGAUCCACAAAACAAUGUCUUCGGGGGACCUGGGCAAGGUUGCAGCAAUUGGGAAAACAUCUGUUCAGGACGGGAGCAGGGUGCGAGCAAAAAUGGGGCGUUUCUGGGGCAAAGCCAGGCACUCUGAGAAGAAGCUGUCCAGAGAGAAGAAACAGGCCAGCAGGACCGAGUCCACCCAUGGAGACUGCAGUGACAAAACCGAGUCUCCCCCCCGCAGCCCUGACCUGUCGCUGACAAGGGGACGGGAGUCCAAGGAGAACAAGGAGCCCUCUCCCAGAGUGAGGCGGCGACGCAGCGUCAAGAUCAGCAGCGCAGCCCUAGAGCCCGCCCAGUGGCAGAACGAUGAACUGCACAUCCUCACCAGCGCCCACGACUACCGGAGCAUGAAUGACUUCCUCAUGAAGAAGAUAAACGACCUGGACUCAGAGGAUAGUAAAAAAGACACCUUGGUGGACGUGGUCUUCAAGAAGGCUCUGAAGGAGUUCCGCCUCAACAUCUUCAACUCCUACUCCACCGCCCUGGCCAUGGAUGACGGGAAGAGUAUCCGCUACAAGGACCUGUACGCCCUGUUCGAGCACAUCCUUGAGAAGAGCAUGCGGCUGGAGCAGAGGGACUGGAGCGAGUCACCCGUCAAGGUCUGGGUCAAUACCUUCAAGGUCUUCCUGGACGAGUUCAUGACCGAGUACAAAGCCGCAGAUGGAACCAUCAGCAAGGCACCCAAACCCGAACGCAAGAAGAGGAGGAAAAAGGAGAGCGACAUUGUGGAGGAGCACAACGGCCAUAUCUUCAAGGCCACCCAGUACAGCAUCCCCACCUACUGCGAGUACUGCUCCUCUCUCAUCUGGAUGAUGGACCGGGCCUGCGUCUGCAAACUGUGCCGCUACGCCUGCCAUAGGAAGUGCUGCUCCAGGAUGACCACAAAAUGUAGCAAGAAGUACGACCCAGAGCUGUCGUCCAGGCAGUUUGGUGUGGAGCUUUCUCGUCUUACCAGUGAGGAGAGGGCAGUGCCCCUGGUGGUGGAGAAGCUCAUCAACUACAUUGAGAUGCACGGCCUCUACACAGAGGGCAUCUUCAGGAAGUCUGGCUCCACCAAUAAGAUCAAGGAGCUCCGGCAGGGCUUGGACACUGACGUGAGCAGCAUGAACCUGGAUGACUACAACAUCCACGUCAUCGCAAGCGUGCUCAAACAGUGGCUCCGUGACCUGCCCAACCCUUUGAUGACCUUCGAACUCUACGAGGAGUUCCUCCGAGCCAUGGGCCAGCCAGACAAGCGGGAGGUGAUCCGUGGAGUGUACUCUGUGAUCGACCAGCUCAGCAGAACCCACCUGAGCACCCUGGAACGCCUCAUUUUCCACCUGGUCAGGAUAGCACUGCAGGAGGAAACCAACCGAAUGUCGGCCAACGCUCUGGCCAUCGUCUUCGCCCCCUGCAUCCUCCGCUGUCCCGACACCAUUGACCCCCUGCAGAGUGUCCAGGACAUCGGCAAGACUACAGCGUGUGUAGAGCUGAUCAUUGGGGAGCAGAUGAACAAGUACAGGGCCAGGCUGAAGGACAUCAACAGCCUGGAGUUUGCUGAGAACAAGGCCAAGAUCAGGCUGACUCACAUCAGGAGGUCCAUGAAACCUGUACUUAUCGCUGUUAGGUUUAUUGGCAUAACCCGCACGGCUACCCCGGGCAAAGGUCGUCAGCGGAGGGGUAGCAGCCACCACACGCCCUCCCCACCGCUCAGCCCCAGAGCUCCCCCAGGGGUGAACAAGGAGACAGGCGAAGAACUGGCAGAGCCAGGCCUGACGGACCAGGAACAGGUGGACAUGCAGCAGGAGGAGAGGGUCCUCAGCGAGCAGAUCGAGAGCCUUCAGAGAGAGAAGGAGGAGUUAACGUACGAGAUGCUGAUCUUGGAGCCGCGGGCAUCUGAUGAUGAGACUCUGGAGUCUGAGGCCUCCAUAGGAACGGCGGACAGCUGUGAGAACCUUAACAUGGACCAUGAAGGAGCUGCCUCCAACCCCUCUGGAGCCUACCGCUCCCGGUUGCUUGAAACCAAGAGCCGCCGAGGACUCCGGAGACAACCAGAGUCUUUGGACUCGGUUGACUCUGUCUUGUCCAGCGCCUCCUCCUCGCUCUCCUCCUCGUCCUACCACCCCUCCUCCUCCUCUGUCAUCUCUGCGUCCCCCAACUACCGCUUUCGCUCCUCCUCAUCUGGGCCUCUGCUCUCCUCAUGCUCCCUGGGGCUGGGUGCCCCCUUAGCGGAAUCCGAGGGGGACCCGAGAGGAGCUGUGGGGGUGAAGAGUCGCCACCGGAUCCGGCUGAGCAGGAGCUCGCCGCGCGAGUCCUCCGAGGGCCACCGGAGGGAGUCGGACUUCAGCUCGCCGCCGCGACAGCUGGUUCUGUAUGGCAGUAACGAGUUCAUGGUAUGAAGGAAAGCUGCGGGGAGACAUCCGAGCCUCCUUCAGUCCGCCAACGCCGGUAGAGUGUGGAGGGGAAGGAUGGGGGGAGUGAAGCUGGACUGGGAAUGAGCUGUGUGGGCACCCAUCUCUCACUGCUGCCUUCCCCAGCUGUGCCCGCCUCUCCUCCCGCUUCCACACGCCAGUCUCGCCUUGGAGGACCGUGACAGUCCCCACAAUGCAGUUGGGUGCCGUCCCCUCUGCUGGACGAGGCGGAAAGAGUGUUUGAAGGAAUGAAAGAAGUAAGCCUGCGAGCUGAACUGGAGUGUUGGAAGGAAGGUUAACGGCAGUGGAAGACAGCCUUGGUCCUGAAAUGCAACAGCUUAAAUGUCUUGGAGGACCAUGUGUGUUCAGAUACGCCCUGUUGUCAGUUGUGGGAUUGUGGUUUAUAAAGGGACACGGUGGUCUGUCCUUCUGAGGUGUAGAGAGAACGGUGACUCUUAGAAAGAGAAUGAGCCAGGACAGGAUGAGAGCGAUCGCCUUGACGUCCAUGCCUCUUGACCCCUGCUGGAGCUUCAGGGGGAUGGGGAGGAAGGAGAAAAUGAGAUGCAAAGCCAGUGGGCCCCGCCCUCUUUUGAGUGGAGGUCUCAUGUGACUCGAUAGUAGAACUAAGAGGACUGGUGGCCAUUUUGAUACGUACACCUCACCUACUCUCGCGUCCGCUUUCACGUUUACACGAUAUGGCCCAUCCAUGAGGCAGCAUGCUCCUUUAUUUACUUGUUCCUAUGCCUGUUUAAAGAGACUAUGGUGAUUAUGUGUAAUAAGAUAAUAUUAUGUUAUCAAGAUAUGGAAAUAGAAGAAACUCCAGUUCUGCUGGGUUGUCCGAUGUUUAUAAUAGAUGUCCCUUGCCAAGUGUUUUUUUUUUUUUGCAAAGUGAAGUGUAUGGGAUUCAGGUCAUAGUAUUGUUUGUCUGUGUUUUGUUUAAUUUUAACAGAGCCAUUUGAUCUGUUCAGUUGGUGCCACUUCUCACGUGAAGUCGCGCAACAGAGGGACACGCAUCCAUGCAGACUCUUAAGUUAGGAUCAUCACAGCACUGUUGCCAUUGUUACUGAUACUGCGACUACAGUGUUCAAUGUUUGUCAGCCAUAAUGUAUUGCAAUGCCUUUACCUGGUCUCUGUUCCCUUCCGAAUCUUAUGUUGAUUCAACAUUUACCGUAUGUUGAUCCUACGUUUGUUCUGAAACGUCAGUGUUAAAAAUAACCAAAUCAGGACUUGAAUUUUUUUCGUAUUUUUAUAUUAUUAUUAUUAUUAUUGUUGUUGUUUUUGUUGUUGUUAUAGCUGCCAUUCAUGUUGUCGUCACUUUUGUUGUUUGUCAUUACUUUCAUUGUAUUGGUGAUUUUGAUGAAAGCGAUUUUUGUUGUCUAGCUGUACAAUUUUUUUGGUCUCACGACCACUCCAUCCAGUUGAUGUCAAUACCGUCCUUACGAUGCCCACAGUCCUGAUAUGUUUAUCCUAUACAACCUAUAGGUCAUAUCCUUAGCCUGUAACUCUAUCCCUAUAGGUUUAAAUUGGUUAAAUAAUAAAUUAAGCUUUACAUCCUUAACACUACCAGGCUUUAAUAAACAUUAGCAUUUACUCAUUGCUUUCAUGUGCAAUUGAAAGCCUUAAAUAGUGGCAAUCAGUUUCAUCCCGUCCAGUGCAUCUGGACAGAAAAUAGCAUCUAUAUCUCUGGGUACACUGAUAAGAGAAAUGCUUCUAUAAUCUGUCUAUACCAUUCAAUACCUUAUGUGUGUCCUGCAGGAUAUUAUAUGUUGGGAGCUGGUCUAUAUAUGUAUCUCUCCUUAGCUGUGCUUAACCUAGGGUUAAAGCAGUACUCUAUUUUCUUGAUGUCCCCGUACUGCACUUGCCAUCCUAUGCUUUACGACCUAGCGCACAUUUAAAACGCCACAUUCUCAAUCUUGUCAUAGACGGGACUUGAUCGCACAAUGGUCAUCAUAAUUAUUAGAGAAUGUGUAUGUUUGGCUGAAAAGCUUGCUUAUUCAGUGUGAUCUGUCAAUUAGAAUCUCCAUUCUGUCCCAAAUAGGUAGAGGUUUGAUUGCCAGUUGGUCUGUACUAUUAGGGUGGAAUUGCAACUCAUGGUGGUCAUUUGGGAAAAGGCACUUCAACCUGUCACAACCAAACCCAGGUCAUAUGCAAUAGGCACCAACCGGAAGCAAGCAGGUAGAGACUACAUAAACAUUCUAUCAUUAGGAAUUGCUUGUGUCAAUUUUAUGCUGCAAAGAAUUCCGCUACAGUGUGCCCUAAUCAGCAGGACCCCAGUUAUCUGAAAAGCAGUCAGAAGUUCAGUGUGAGAGAGAUGAAUACUUUGGUUUGUUGAGAGACAUGGGAGAACUUACCGUUUAUACUGGUCAAACAACCACAAGCUAAACGUUGACUGUAUUUGUACACCUUAAAACUGGCACUGUCCAUGGCAUCCUACUAAAGUGAAUGUACCUAUCACUGGAAGGCAAUGCUCUGCUUUCUCUUUGCGUUUUGUUGUUCUUUUUAUAUACAGUGUGUAUAUUGUAUUUAUGAUCAUGCUUAUGAGUGUACAUUGAAAAAAUGCCUGUUAUAAAAAGGAUAUAUUAUCCUGUGUACAACUCCUCAUAUAAUGUUAAUCAUGUUAAAUGUUUUUUACAGGCUGAAAAAGUCUCAUGUUUGUGCUACUGCAAAAGUCCAACUUGAGCAAUUGUAUCUCUUUUUUUGUGUGAGCUACUCUGGACACAGUUGUAUGUAUAAGGUGUAAUUUGUGUAAUAUUUCUUUUAAAAAGAUUGCCAUGUCUACAGCUGUAAAAAUAAAAAAGGAAAAAAAAGAAUUUAUGAUGAAAAAAUGCUUAGUAAAAAAGCAAAACUGGAACCAAACUGGUGUGAAUUGUUAUUAAAUACAAGUAGCUCACUCACAGUAGAAAACAAUGAUGUAUUUGGACAAUGGCCAAUGUUUUGUUUUUUUGGGCUCUGCAAUUCCAGCAUGUAUAGAA